CACAUCUCUAUAUCUAUCUGUCUAUCUGUCUCUCUCUCUAGCCCCUUUUUCAUCUCUUCUUGGAGACUUUGAUGACUGAAUUAUUGAAUGUUGAAGCGAUCAUAGGGUUUUAGCAACUCCCAAUCGGUGUACUCUUCUUUCUUUGCUGAUUUGGAAGGUUUUACAUUAGUUGUCUCUGUAUGUGGUCACGUUCUGCAAGUCAAAGUGUAUCAACUGGAUACUAUCUGGCAAAAUACUCAGCACCGUCCUUAUGAUUGGUUUUCUUUUAUAUAUAUACUGUUAGACAUGGCAGCUGAACUUGUUAAUGCGGCAACAAGCGAAAAACUCUCAGAAAUGGAUUGGACCAAAAGCAUUCAAAUUUGUGAACUAGUCACACGUGAUCAUAGGCAAGCUAGAGAUGUCAUUAAAGCCAUCAAAAAGCGCCUGGGAAGUAAGAACAAAGAUACUCAACUAUUUGCUGUUAUGUUGCUAGAGGUGUUGAUGAAUAAUAUUGGAGAACCAAUUCAUACACAAGUGAUUGACACCGGGAUCCUCCCUCUACUUGUGAAAUUAGUCAAGAAAAAGUCCAACUCUGAUCUACCUGUACGGGAGAAAAUAUUUCUUCUUCUAGAUGCUACACAGACAUCCCUUGGUGGAGCUUCUGGGAAGUUUCCUCAGUACUAUUCUGCAUACUAUGAUUUGGUGAGUGCUGGAGUACAAUUUUCCCAGAGACCCGAAGUUCUCCCAAAAAAUUAUUCAACUUCAGACAGCAGUAAAAGCAACUCAAGUAACGGGGAACUUGCUACCACUGGAAAUGACAGGAGUGCACCACCGACCGCCCCACAAGCCGUUCCUGAAUCUAGUAUCAUUCAAAAAGCUGGAUCUGCAUUAGAAGUCUUAAGAGAUGUCCUUGAUGCCAUUGAUACCCGAUAUCCAGAGCAAGCCAAGGAUGAGUUCACCCUGGAUCUUGUCGAACAAUGUUCAUUUCAUAAACAACGAGUAAUGCAUCUUGCAGUUACUUCUCGGGAUGAGAAAUCAAUAUCUCAAGCAAUUGAGUUAAAUGAUCAGCUCCAGCAGGCACUUUCAAGACACGAAGCCCUUGUUUCCGGCAGAUCAACGCUUACAGCAACCCAAGUUGACCACGAAGAUGCCGAAGAAGAGGAUCCUGAACAACUCUUCAGAAGGAUGAGAAAAGGAAAAGCUUGUGUAAGACCCGAGGCUGAGAACCAUCAAACAGAUCGGCCUUUAGGAUUACUAGGAUCUGCUGUUCCAGCCGACAGGCUUAACCGACCACUUAUUAGGCCGAUCAGUUUGGAGCCAAAACAAGGACCAAUUACAACCAGACCGGCUGCAGCCGUGUCGAUCCCACCACCGCCUGCAAAACACGUUGAAAGGGAGAAAUUCUUUCAAGAAAACAAAGCGGAUGGUUCAGGUCUUGGUGGUCACAUGAGGGGUCUCUCUUUACACAGUCGAAACGCCAGCAGUUCUCGCAGCGACAGUUUCGACUUCAGUGACUGAUACGAACCAAACGAGGUUAUUAUGUGGGGUGAUGUUUAGGAUUUGAUGUGUGCGGUGCGGGGAUUUGAUCUAUGGUGUAGCGGCCAUGGUGAAAGUAUAUAUAUGUUGAAUGAGACUUGUUUUGUUUUUAUUAUACAAAGCAGUGAUAUGUGAAAGAUAGGAUAUUAUUGUUAUCAAGAAUGAAGAAGAAAAGAAAAAGACAAAGCGGAUAGAAGGUGUUUUAUAAGUCAAAUAGCAGAUGUUAGUAGUGGUUAGUCUUUGUCUGUUUCUGGGAUUUCUUUAACUUGUUGGAUUCUUUUAUUUUGUGUGUUUUUGUCUCAAUCAUUAAUUGGGCCUUUUAUUUUUAUUUUCUGUAUAUCUUAGUUUUUGGGCC